UUCUUUCUACUACAACUAACUCACAUACAUUUGACUCUUCUCCCUCAGGACACCUCCCAACAAAAACACACACACACACACUUCUCCUCCUGUAGUAAUUUUGAUGAUGGAGUUGGGUGCUCGCAGGUGUUCCCAUACUUCCCACAUCACUGAAAUCAUCAUCACCAGCUUCUUCCGUCAUAAACUCUAGAUUCAUCAUCAUCUUCUUCUUCUUCUUGGUUUUAUUGUUUUGUAUAUUUUGUUUCAGCUUUCACUAUGAUAGAUUGAAGUUUAGAUAUACAGAAUCAUACAUAUUGCUGAUUUCAAUGGAGGGUCGGGGUUUAUUGUACUCUGCUGCUGCUGGAUCAAGCUUAAAUGCUAAUGCUUUGCUCCAUAAUCAGUUGCCCUUUUCUUUUCUUGCUUCAGAAUGUAAAAUAUGAGUUAUGGUGAUUUGGAUCAUGUGAUAAUGUUGGUUGCUGCAUUUGUUCUCUGAAUGAUUGAGCAGAAUCCUUAUGUAAGUGUUCUGAUGCUUUGGUUCAGAUUCCAGAUCUAUGGUUAGUUUUAAGGAUAUAAGUGGAAGAAUGCAUUCGGAGAGAUCGUUCUUUCGGUCAUUUGGUCAGGAUGGUAAUGAGGAUGAAGACUUUGAUGAAUACUUUCACCAACCUGAGAAGAAGAGGCGGCUUAAAGCUGACCAAAUCGAAUUUCUAGAGAAAAGUUUCGAGGCUGACAACAAGCUUGAACCAGAACGAAAGGUCAAACUUGCAAAAGACAUUGGUUUGCAGCCUCGGCAGGUCGCAAUAUGGUUUCAGAACCGCCGAGCUCGCUGGAAGAAUAAAUCACUAGAAAGAGAUUAUGAAGUACUGCAGGAUAGCUACAACAGUCUUAAAGCACAAUAUGAAAACCUCGUCAAGGAGAAGGAUAAGUUAAAAGAUCAGGUUCUUGACCUAACAGACAAGCUCAAAGAAAAAGAGAAAGAAUGUUUAGACGUUGUAAAUACCCAAACAUUGUCCGAAUCCCCACAACAAGAACGCGUUGGAAUUGAGGUUUCCAAGGGUGAAGUAUCAAUUGAAUCAAUUUCAACCUACAAACAAGAGGACAAUCUCUCGGUCAAAAGUGACCUAGUCAAUUCGGACAGCUCAAAUUACACUGAUGGAGUUCGUUCCUCUCUUUUAGAGCCAGGCGAUUCCUCAAACUUUUUUGAUAUGGACCAGUCAGAUAGGUCUCAAGAUGAAGAAGACAACUUAAGAAGGCUUCUGUUGCCUCCGCUAGCUUACAUGUUUCCUAUGAUCGGAGACAUUAGUUCCCCGGACCUACCUGCCAGUACUUGUUCCUCUGGCUUACCAAUUGAAGAAGAACCUUAUGAUUUCUGGGCUUACUAAGCUGUCAUCAGUAUUACUGUUUUAGUCUUCUGUUUGUUGGUUAUAAGGUAAGCAAAUAAAUCCAUCACAUAACACUGCAAUCCAGCAAGGAUUUAAGUUUCAGGUGAUGUUAUAAUUCUAGUUUUUUUCCUCCUUGUGCACUGUUCUUUUCCUGUAUUGUUUUCUAUGAACUUCUUGUCAGAAAUGUAAUGGAUGUAAUUAUUUUAUAAUUGAUCUUGUGAUAAA